CUAUCUGAGCACAGUUGUGUUGCCAGGAACUGGGGAGUAAAGGAGGAAACCUGAGGGAUGAGAGAUUGCCACAAAACAACAGGAAUCAUAUUGGAUAUAUAUUCCAUCGCUUAGCUAUGGCUACACAAACAGAACAGUGAGAUAGAUUGGACAUGCUGGUUGACGGGUACAGCGAGAUAGCUAUCUGGUCCUGAAUUCGCUCAUCGAAGUUUUGGCUGAAGAAGUUUAACGUUACAGCGGUACGGCUAGCCAUUAACGUUAUCACCUGGCUGUCUUCUACCACUUGACACAGCCCUAAACAACAAAGACAGAAAACAUGGUGUCCUGGAUGAUUUCGAGAAGCGUCGUGCUGCUUUUUGGGACUCUGUAUCCUGCAUACUACUCUUACAAAGCUGUCAAGACAAAAAAUGUCAAGGAAUAUGUGCGAUGGAUGAUGUACUGGAUUGUGUUUGCCCUCUACACUGUGGUGGAGACCGUCACCGACCUGACACUGGCAUGGUUUCCUCUGUACUACGAGCUGAAGAUAGCCUUUGUGAUCUGGCUGCUGUCCCCCUACACCAGAGGAGCAAGUCUCAUUUACAGGAAGUGUCUGCACCCUCUGCUGUCCUCUAGAGAGAGGGAAAUAGAUGAGUAUAUUGUGCAUGCCAAAGAGAGGAGCUACGAGACCAUGGUCAACUUUGGCAAGCAGGGACUGAGCAUUGCAGCCACCGCCGCUGUCACUGCAGCUGUCAAGGGUCAGGGUGCCAUCACAGACAAGCUGCGUAGCCUGAGUAUGCACGACCUCACACAGAUAACCCAGCAAGAUGACGGCGCAGGGAACCAGCUCUACGAGUACAGCUCCCGCUCAGCCAACCCUGCCGCCAGGAGAUCUCAGAGCACUGACGCUGGCGACAGAACAGACUACUACUAUGACCAGGAGGAGAGGACUGAUGAAGAGGCGGAACCAACCUUCUCUGAAGACGAGGCAGUCACUCAGAAAGGACUGAGGCGAUCGCAGAGUGUCAAGAUCUCACGAUCCAGAGUCCGCAAAGAUGUGCGUUAUGGAUCCUUGAAGAUUAAAGGCAAGAAGAGACCAGCGCUGAGCUCUGUUAACUAUGGAAUGUGAAAAGAAUGCUACACACACACACGCACACGCACACAGCAGAGCAAUCUGCUGAUCGGUGGAUGGGAUUCCAGCUCUUUAGAGCCUGAACUUUUAUGUCUCUUUGAUGAUGAGCUUUCUUCUAGCAUAUUUAUUACUACUUCAUUCAUCCCAAACCAGUGACUCUUCGAGAGCCUACACUCUGAGAACUUUGACGUUUUUCAUUGGGUUGAUUUUUGCAUGAACUUGUGUGUGUUUCAUCUGUUGUUUGUUAGAAUUGUAGUUUAGGUGUAGGUGUGAUGUUAUGCGUAGUCUUUUAGAUUUUACAUCUAGUCGCUUCAGUCUUUUAGUUUAAUUUAGCCUCUUUCUAAUAAGGCAUUCUUUUAAAAAAAAGUUCAUAAACUGAAAUGAAUGGCUUAACUAAUAGUUAAAUCAUUCACUAAUGCUUAAUAUCAUGGUUCUAAGCCCUUAAUAAGAACAAGCUUGGGUUACUGGGUUGUGAAUCCUUUCAGCUUGUGUUUUUCCUCCAACACUUGCUUUGUCUUUUAGGCUCUUUAAUUUGUCCGGGAGACUCUCCCAAUAUCUGCACCAAAACAGGUUUUAUUGUUCAACAGCUUGUAAACAUGUACAACUGUUGAGUAUUACUAAGUGAAAAUCCAUGGACCCUUAUUAAAGCGGCAUUCAUUUACUUGGUGCAGCACAACAAGGUCCAAUAUUCACUCUCCUUUUAGCUCACAUUACAUAUCAUCUGCUAAUGCAAACAACUAUGCAACUAGAAAUAACACAUUCUUCCUUUGGCAAACAAAUAGUUGAAUUUACAAUCAAUAAAGUACAUCUUUGAUCAGUUCAAUACACUCAGGGGCUUUGCUACUACAGCAUUAUUUGGUCUAUCAGUGAUUAAUGUUGGCUAAUGUUAGCUAAAUGAAGGGCUAUGUGUUUGCACCAACUCUGAAUUUCCCCUCAGCUCAGAGGGCUUUUUUUGCAGCUUUUAGCUCAUUGUUUUGGCCCACAACUUUACUGUUUUGGUUCCCUCUCCUAGUGCAGGCAUCUGUUUUCAAGCUUUAAACCCCACUGGACACUACCUUCUCCACACCAAGCAGCAGACAAAGUUAGCAACUAGCUGGUGAGGAAAGUGAAUAUUGGACUUUAUCAGCUUUAAAAGACUUACUACAUUGUUUUUAAACAAUGAUAUGGAGAUAAAGAGAUUUGUUUAACAACCUAGCAAUUCAAAAGUUGUUUAGAUUAAUGGCUCAUAAGUGACCUAUUAAACUAUUGUAUUACACAUUCAGUAUGUUAUUAGUUUCAGCUUAAAAACCCUUUUAUAAAGAGUAUUGUAUUAAAACGUUGCUUCGCUGCCUUUCAGGUAUUUUAUCUGACACUAGUGUUGGAGUCCGUUAACUUCCGUGUGGCUCAACAUACUAAUGGAGACUAGCUCUUACCCUGAGGGACAUGUCCUGUAGGUUCAGACACAUGCAACAUUCCCUGUCACAGUGGUGACAGUACGAGAGCUCUGAUUCGCAGUAGGAUACCAGCAACUCUGACAUCAACGUUUGAACUUUAGUAGAGUGGAGUUGAAUGAAUGCGAUGAAACACACUUGAACACCAGCAGAUGAACACUAUCCCUUAUUCCUGUCAGAGGAGGGAGACUGUGGACACCAAUGAAGAGAAAGAAAGGGAAGAGAAAACCAAAUGAAACCGUGAUUCUCCCAGGUUUCUCCGUGCAAAUGUCAGCCUUUAUAAAGGACCCAGAACUCCCGCUGACUAUUAAAUGAUGAUUUCUUAUUUUACUGCUUUUUACUCAUGUAUUUUUUAUAUGGCUGUGUCCAGAUCACACCCCUGGUUGUAAAUUUCUCGCUGUAUUUCUUAGUAUCAGUGAAGAUUAGCUUUUUAAAUGUUAUUCUGUGUGUGUAUGUGUGUUACCUUUGGAUCAGAUGGAGUCUUUUUGUAUGUUAACCACCUGUUUUUGCACACAUAGACCUCCUCCCAAACCUUUGUAUCAAUGCUGUUGUUGCUUGUCAUCUCAUUUUAUAAUGUACUUUCGCUGUGGGAGGAUGCAGCACACAAAUGAGCUUAGCCAUUCUUGAUGAUGAAUGCUAAUACUAACGGCCUCUCAUGACAUCCUAAAGUUUGGCUUGUUUUUGUCCUCUGGUAGUGCAGUUAGUGCUACGCUGCUGUAGCUGAAGUUCCUUCUACAGUUGCUGUUUAGAGAUGGAACAGUCUGUUUCUGUGCUUUCUGUGUCCGUUUUCUUGUGGUUCAUGGGUACGUCUGGCUGAAGCAAAAUUACUGCUACUAUUAAACUGGCCUAGUAGUAUUCCUAGAUACGAUUAAAUACUAGUCUCACGUUGCCAGAGCUGUCCCCACAGCGCUGUGGAGUAAGGUCUGGCUACACCACGUACAUUCUAGGAUAGGAGAAGAAAAAAAGUGCUCUUACCAGUGUAUCGUCGUGUGUACUUUAGCCACAGCAGUCCCGUCAAUCGGUCCCAAAACGUCCCAGUAACAGAGGAAAUGCCGUAAACAUAUUCUUUGUAAAUCUUUACGAUCAUUCCCCGAAAGAACCAAGCAGGCCUGCCUUGUUGCACGGUCCAAAUUUUCUUCUAAACUUGCCAUUUUCAGCGUGUAGCUCGCUAGCUCGAAGUUUGUUUCCUGAAGCGAAGGGAUUUUGAGAACGUCAACACAGAGAACGGAAGGUCAGGGGCAUCCUGGAAAUGUUCUUCCGUUGAUGCUGACUAGGUUUAGUGUGGCAUGAGUUUCACCAUUUGCCCUUUACUUUGCGUAAUUUAUGACCAUACACACCCUGCACAUGGGUAAACAUGCGUGCCUUAGCACAUCCCCAGUGUAGUAUAAACGGAAGAAGUUGUCCACCCUGCUGUCCACGGCUGUUUUGUAUACCGUUCUACCGUUUUCGAUACAGGUGGGGCUACUCCCCCUGAGCUGGGGUGUAAGUGCGCGACCAUUCAAGCCAUGCUGGCAUGGUAGGAAUGGUUUUCCACAGAGCAUAAACAGAACAGCAUGCAUGUCUGCCUCCAUUUUUCAGUAUAUUCUACCCUUUAGACACACUACCAUCAAAACAUCAACUGAGGGAAUAUGUUUUGAAAGAAUGCUGUUGAUUCCACGCACUUGAAGAAUCUAUGACAAGGAGCACUGAAGCUGUUCUUGAGGCUUGUGGUGGAACAACUUCAUACAAAAGGAUCUGUGUGCCGUACAUUUUGUCAUUGGCCCAAUUUUGCUAGAAUCUGCACGGAUUUCUUAUAUCCUAUUAUCCGUACAUGCAGACACUCAAUGUAUUACGAGAGCUGUGUGUGUGUGUGUGGUGUGUGUGUGUGAUUUGUAGUAUAUCAAUAACGAGCCAAACUUUCUCAUGUCUGAUGUCCAUUUUAAUGACCCUAACUAAAUAGUGAUACCAAAGCUUCAUGUACUCACCCGGAGCUGUGUGGCUGGGGUUUUUGAUCUGUGUGGGGAAAAUGUCUGCUGUGUGGAUUGCAAAUGCAAUUCAAUGAAGGCUAUCCAAAUAAAGAAUGGCCAACAAGUAAA